AUGGUGUUAGCAUCGGGACCCGCGGCCACGUUCUCCGCCCGGCCCGCGGCGCCGGGCGCCGGCCGGCCCUGCUCGUGCGCCGCCGCGGCCACCGGAGGUGCCAGGUUCCGCGGCGCCGACGGGAAGUGGUGGGCGCCGCUCCUCGGGUGGUCGGGCCAGCCCGACUACAUCGACGCCCAGCCGGCGCCUGCACCGGCGACGGAGGAGGAGCGGGCUGCUGCUGGUGCUGCGGGGGCGAGGCGGUUCGGGGUGCUGACGGAGGAGAAGGCGCGUCAGCUGCGGCUGCGGAUGAUGGAGACGGAGAGCUUCCACGACGCCAUGUACCACUCCGCCAUCGCAUCCCGCCUCGCCUCCGCCGCGCGCGACAGCGACGCCAAGCCAUAG